GCAACAGUGCGCAGCACGCUUUUUUUGUUUGAUGGUGCACACAAUCACUGGAAGGUCCAUGUGGGCAGAGUACAGACGGUGGUUCCGUGCGUCCAUUUAAAACCGCCUACAUAAUCAUUCACGCAAACAGACCGUGUUUGCCUUACUAGUGCCCGAAAAUUACAUCCGUGACUUGCAAUUUGGCUCCGAGUUGUGCAGAGCCACGUAACAAGCUCCAUAUGAAACGAGCAUCCUAGCGUCGUGUCCACUGAGCCGAGGCUGUGCACUUUAAUCAACUGUUUCAUCAUCGCCCAGUUUAACAGUUUUUUCCAGAUAUUCAGGAUUUGAUCCGCAGCUGCUCUGGUCACCAUGGUAUUGACGGUCUAUGGACAUCCGCUCUCCCAACCUUCUCGCAGUGUCUACCUGUUCUGUAAGGCUACUAAGAUUCCCUACACGGAGAAAAAUGUCGACAUGUCGAAAGAGGAGCAUAAAAAAGAGCCUUACCUGUCGAUUAAUCCAAUGGGAGCAGUGCCAAGCAUCGUGGAUGAUGGAUUCAAAUUGUCAGAAUGUAUGACGAUCCUGAAGUAUCUAGCACGUAAAAACAAAGUGGCCGACAACUGGUACCCGCAAGACCUGAAGGUACAGGCCAAAGUCAAUCAGUAUCUGGACUGGCACCACACCGGUAUCCGAAAGUCAGGCAUCGAUGUUUUCGUUGGCAAGAUCUUGACGCCUAUUUUUACUGGGAAACCAGUCGACGAAGCCAAACUGGCCAAAGAUUUGGAGGCGUUCGACAAGGCCCUCGGAACUAUUGAGAAGGUGUUUCUUGGAGACAACCAGUUCCUUGCUUCAGAUAAAAUCAGCAUUGCCGAUAUAUGCUGCUUGUCAGAGAUGAUGCAAGUCGUCACGAUCCAGCAGAACGACGUGCUGGCCAAUUACCCGAAGCUGGCCGCCUGGAAGGAGAGAGCAAUCAAGCAACUGAAACCUGCCUUCGAUGAGGUUUUCAAGCCUCUCUUUGAGUUCACCUCUGAAAAGAAGAAGUAACAUGGAUCACGAAAUUUGAUCCUACUAAUGAAAAAUUCUACCUUACUUAAAGCACGUAGAUUUUUACUGUAGGCAAUUAUGCAUGUACAUGUUGUUAUCGUGUUUAAGAGUUACGUGUGUUUCUUUUUUCUGUAAAGUUUGCAGCUGUAUUGCGUUAUAAACAUUACAUUUCAAAAAUUACUGAAGAACAUUAAUUGUCCUGAUAUAGUUCUUUGUUUUAAAUUGGCAUUACUAACUCAAAAAUUAUCCACAGAGCAGCUGGUGCGGUAAAAAAGGUUUAUAGCAUCACAAUUAUAGGUCAGUGUUAGGGUAUUUGCACAUAGUUGCGUGCUUAAACCUAGAUUUAUGUAACAAAGAUUAGGAUAGGCCACAUCAUUAGCCUCUCUCCAAAAGGCGAGGGUUUGUGUACGGCGGUUGAUAUUCCACAACAGCGUAAAAAGGUCUAAAACUGUAGCAACAGCCGAUUGGAAGCAUUGCCCUAGACAUGACCCAGAUGGGGUUAAGCUCUCACCAUACGGUAAAUGCACAGCUUUUCAGUAACGAAGUGAAUUCUCUGCGAGAGUCAACUUUUAGAGCUCAGUUUAGAAACAGUGUCUGUGUAUUUCGUGUAGGUUUUCCCAGUGUGCAGAAAGAUAUCUGGAAAAUAAAGGGCUUUGCCUUCGGUAUGAUUUGACUGAA